AAUGACAUGAAAAAAUAGAACACUAAAAACAAUACCUAACCACAAAAAAUAGUAAAGAAAAUAAAUAAAUAAGAAAAAUUUUAAUUAUUGUCAGAUCUCAUGAAUUAUUGAUAUGGGAGAUAAAGUUUUUUGUAUUAAAACCGUUAAGAAAAGACCCAUAGUCGAUCCGGAAAUUCCCUGUACAGAAAAUUUCGAUUUGUUCGAAGCCCUAGAGUCUGUCUAUCCGUUAUUAGAUAUAAUUUUGGAUUAUUUGGACUGCGACGAUUUGCGGAGCUGUUGUGAAGUUAAGAAUGCCUGGAAAGAAGUGGCAGAAAGAAUAUUAUGCAAAAGAAUACAGCCGAGCUGGUUUACAUGUUUCAAGGCGGUCCCAAGGAAUAAGUUGAAUAUUUAUGAGCACAGUGAUAAUCUUAAUUUUAAUAAUGUUGGUAUAGGUAUUAUUUUGUAUGAUUUUAGAAGGAUUAAGCUCAAUAAGUAUAUUUGCAUACAUAACGAUGAUGAUGUGGUGAGUCACGGGGCAAAAUCUAAAUGGAAUUCAGUUCCAGAGUAUUUCGAGAAGGAACUGGUACCCCGCAACACAGACUACUGCAUCAUAUCGUGUCCCAAAGUUAUUUCCCAUUUUCAUAAAAAUAGCAAAAAUCUAUGUAAGGCUUCGUUUUUCGAUGGAUUGUUUAUACCGAAAAUUCCGAAAAUUAGGACCGCCAUGUUCCAUUGCAAUCCUGUGCGAAAGAACGAAAUACGAAGUACGGUCGAGAGUAAUAUACAUUCGCACGAGGAAAUUAGAUGUUUGUUGAUGUUUUCCACGACCGAUCAGAAAAAGGCUUUGUAUAAUUUGUUGAAAGAAUUGAUUCCGGAAAACGACGCCUCUUCGGUAGCCGUCGGCGGUGGAAUUAUUAGAGGUACCAAAACGUUUCUGCAAGUAAAUCCCGCCAAAUCAAUUAAUUCCAGUAACGACAUAUUUUCUAUAGUGUUUUUGAAGGAGAAAGGCGCAGAGGCUGAUUUCAAUGCGUUCUCCUAUGUGAUAUUCGGAGACGACUUGUCGAAAGAAGAAUUCGCCGAUGAAAUUUUCAAGUUCAAAGGUAGCACAUUUUUAAGAACCCACAGCGUAGUCAUUCGAGUCUGUUGUUCGGCGAAAGUUGAUGCGGACGAAGAACCGAAAAUAUUCAAUAAAAUCUUUCCGGGAAUCCCGAUUUUUGGAUUUCAUGCCGACGGCGAGAUAGGUUGGAAUUGCGUUUUAACACCAUCGACUACGGAAGAUGUAGAAGAAUGUCAGGCGAAAAAAGCGAAACACAAAUAUCCAAAUGUGCGUCAUCAGUGGUCCACUGUUUUUGUACUUAUUACCUGGGGUGCAAUUUUAUCUUAACAGUAUUUUUAUUUUUACAGUAUUUUUAACAGUUUUAACAAGUAUUAAUUUAAGGAGUAUUAUUUCAUACAUUUUAAAAUAAAUAAUGACAGUUUUAAAUAGAUA